GACUUGAACUUGAACUGCCAUUUUGUUUGGUAUUGCUAACUCAUCAUAGAACGUCGUUGAAGUGAUGAAUAAACUGUAAAAGUAGCAGGAUAGGACUAGGACUAACAUAGUGAUACUGCUCCUGCUAGUUUAGAGAACUUUUAAGUAUACUUUUGACACUUCGUUUACUUGGUAAACAUGCAGAUUUUUGUAAAGACGCUCACAGGAAAAACGAUUACGUUGGAGGUAGAGCCCUCUGACACGAUCGAGAAUGUUAAGGCGAAGAUUCAAGACAAGGAAGGGAUUCCUCCUGAUCAGCAGCGCCUGAUCUUUGCCGGGAAGCAGUUAGAAGAUGGCCGAACGUUGUCGGACUACAAUAUUCAAAAAGAAUCGACACUUCACCUUGUGCUUCGUCUGAGAGGUGGAAUGCAAAUCUUUGUGAAGACACUUACUGGGAAGACCAUCACACUGGAAGUGGAACCCUCUGAUACAAUUGAAAACGUGAAGGCUAAGAUCCAAGACAAAGAAGGAAUCCCCCCAGACCAGCAGAGAUUGAUUUUUGCAGGAAAACAGUUGGAAGAUGGUCGCACACUUUCUGAUUACAACAUUCAAAAGGAGUCCACACUUCACCUUGUGCUUCGUCUGAGAGGUGGAAUGCAAAUCUUUGUGAAGACACUCACUGGGAAGACCAUCACACUGGAAGUGGAACCAUCUGAUACAAUUGAAAACGUGAAGGCUAAGAUCCAAGACAUCCCCCCAGACCAGCAGAGAUUGAUGCAGGACAGUGGAAUGCAAAUCUUUGUGAAGACACUCACUGGGAAGACCAUCACACUGGAAGUGGAACCAUCUGAUACAAUUGAAAACGUGAAGGCUAAGAUCCAAGACAAAGAAGGAAUCCCCCCAGACCAGCAGAGAUUGAUUUUUGCAGGAAAACAGUUGGAAGAUGGUCGCACACUUUCUGAUUACAACAUUCAAAAGGAGUCCACACUUCACCUUGUGCUUCGUCUGAGAGGUGGAAUGCAAAUCUUUGUGAAGACACUCACUGGGAAGACCAUCACACUGGAAGUGGAACCAUCUGAUACAAUUGAAAACGUGAAGGCUAAGAUCCAAGACAAAGAAGGAAUCCCUCCAGACCAGCAGAGAUUGAUUUUUGCAGGAAAACAGUUGGAAGAUGGUCGCACACUUUCUGAUUACAACAUUCAAAAGGAGUCCACACUUCACCUUGUGCUUCGUCUGAGAGGUGGAAUGCAAAUCUUUGUGAAGACACUCACUGGGAAGACCAUCACACUGGAAGUGGAACCAUCUGAUACAAUUGAAAAUGUGAAGGCUAAGAUCCAAGACAAAGAAGGAAUCCCCCCAGACCAGCAGAGAUUGAUUUUUGCAGGAAAACAGUUGGAAGAUGGUCGCACACUUUCUGAUUACAACAUUCAAAAGGAGUCCACACUUCACCUUGUGCUUCGUCUGAGAGGUGGAAUGCAAAUCUUUGUGAAGACACUCACUGGGAAGACCAUCACACUGGAAGUGGAACCAUCUGAUACAAUUGAAAAUGUGAAGGCUAAGAUCCAAGACAAAGAAGGAAUCCCCCCAGACCAGCAGAGAUUGAUUUUUGCAGGAAAACAGUUGGAAGAUGGUCGCACACUUUCUGAUUACAACAUUCAAAAGGAGUCCACACUUCACCUUGUGCUUCGUCUGAGAGGUGGAAUGCAAAUCUUUGUGAAGACACUCACUGGGAAGACCAUCACACUGGAAGUGGAACCCUCUGAUACAAUUGAAAACGUGAAGGCUAAGAUCCAAGACAAAGAAGGAAUCCCUCCAGACCAGCAGAGAUUGAUUUUUGCAGGAAAACAGUUGGAAGAUGGUCGCACACUUUCUGAUUACAACAUUCAAAAGGAGUCCACACUUCACCUUGUGCUUCGUCUGAGAGGUGGAAUGCAAAUCUUUGUGAAGACACUCACUGGGAAGACCAUCACACUGGAAGUGGAACCAUCUGAUACAAUUGAAAACGUGAAGGCUAAGAUCCAAGACAAAGAAGGAAUCCCCCCAGACCAGCAGAGAUUGAUUUUUGCAGGAAAACAGUUGGAAGAUGGUCGCACACUUUCUGAUUACAACAUUCAAAAGGAGUCCACACUUCACCUUGUGCUUCGUCUGAGAGGUGGAAUGCAAAUCUUUGUGAAGACACUCACUGGGAAGACCAUCACACUGGAAGUGGAACCCUCUGAUACAAUUGAAAACGUGAAGGCUAAGAUCCAAGACAAAGAAGGAAUCCCUCCAGACCAGCAGAGAUUGAUUUUUGCAGGAAAACAGUUGGAAGAUGGUCGCACACUUUCUGAUUACAACAUUCAAAAGGAGUCCACACUUCACCUUGUGCUGCGUCUGAGAGGUGGUCGCUGAAUGACAAGUAAAGUAUGUUAUGCUUUGUAGUGUUAAAAUUAUGUGAUUUCUUUUUUAAUGGCUUUGUAUUUUUAAUUCUUAAAUUUUCAUGGGCUCCUUGCAAGUGUUUAAAAAUAUUUGUUAUUGAUAAAAUUAUUUUUUUACAAAUGUUUUUUUCUAAUCAUAAUCCUAAUGUCUAGAUAGUAUUCUGUAUUGUGAUUCUGUACUAAAUGUGAUGUAUUAAAUAAUGAUUCUUUGAUGUGA